CUGUUAAGCAGCAAACGUGUACAUCUGAUUGAUAAACUGACUUAGAAACCCUAAUCAACUUUUAUUUUGUCAUAACAAACAGCCGUAUUAAUUUAUCUAAAUUUGAUCACUAUCACAGGAGGCCACACUCUCACAAUCACCAUUUCUCAAGAAGAAGGUGAUCUUGUUCACAAUCACUUGACUUAAGAAUCCAUUUAUCCACCAGCUCAAGGGAGAAUCAUGCAACCAUUCCACCAACAACCAGACCCACUCCCCCCAGCCCUCACAAACUACACUAAUAAUGCUUCAGGAACGGAGGGGCCGCUGUAUAGAUUUUUAAUGAAGGAUGGAACGAUGAUGACGACGGAGAUGAUUUACGGCUCUAGUUGCAGAGAAUCAUGGCUGAAAGAGUUUCUGUUGCCCAUGUAUAAACAUGGUGACAUGAUUGUUGGAUUAGACACAGAAUGGUCACUGAAACACUCCCCAGAUACUGGCACCAACGAAACCCGAAUUGUGUUGCUGAAGCUAUGCAAUCAAGCUUGCUGUUUGCUGAUAAAACUCGACAUGUCUCCGCCGUCGAUCAUCGAAGAACUCAGCCGGCUGCUCGUUAACAAGGACUUACUUUUCGCCGGGAUUAACAUUAAUAAGGAUCUUGAAUUGUUGCGAAAAGGGUAUGGGCUUGAGAUCAAGAGUUAUUUGGAGCUAAGUGAAUUGGCGUCCAGUGUUGUUCACGUCCUGCCGCAGCCUCAGCCUCAGCCUCACAUGGUUCACCAGGCACUGAAUCAUUGUACGUACAGUAUCAGAGGGUUGGCAAGUGAAAUUUUGUCUCAGCCGCUGAAGCCAAGGCCGAUGAGCGUGGCGGAAGCCGAUUGGUCUGGGAGUAGUCUUACGGUGGAGCAGAUUGAGUAUGCAACUGGUGAUGCUUAUUUUACUUACAAGAUUGCGCAGAAGUUACUUAUAAAUAUUGGACUUAAAUAUUAGUCUUCUUCUCAAGCUUUUAUAUAAAAAUCAAGGAGCCUUCGAAUAGCACAUGCCGCUUCAAUAAAUAUGCUGUGAUUCUUCUUCGGUGAAUCCUUAUUGGUUUCCGAAAUACAAUCUUAUUUUUACUGUAUUUGAUUUUUUUCAAGAAUAAAACUAUACAAACAAAUAAAUUGUAAUUCUGAAAUCAACGAGUGAAGUUUGUAUUAACCA